CAGCAAAAGGCAAUUCCAGCUGUCCAAAUCGGGGAGAUGGAUUCCCCAGCUCAGGGCAUAGAGCAGCCGGUGGCCGUCCCCAUCAGAAAUGUCCCCAUGUCACGGGGUUUGGGACAUGAUAGCCUUCUCCUUGGCCCCGCAGUGAUGUGCUGUCCCGGCGGGGAAAUGCAUCCUGAAUGGGGCUGAGCCCCCCUGCACGGGAAUAUGCAGCGUCGGCGCCGCGGGAGCAGCACUGGGGCAGCGGCCGGCGGCCGGCGGUAUGGUGGCAACCUUCAAGAUCGCCGUGCUGGGAGCCCAGGGUGUGGGCAAGAGUGCCAUAGUCCGGCAGUUCCUCUACAACGAGUUCAGCGAGGUCUGUGUGCCCACCACGGCCCGCCGCGUCUACCUGCCCGCCGUCGUCAUGAACGGCCACGUGCACGACCUGCAGAUCAUGGAUUUUCCGCCCAUCCCCGCCUUCCCCGUCAACACCCUGCAGGAGUGGGCAGACGUGUGUUGCAGGGGGCUCCGGAGCGUCCAUGCCUACAUCCUGGUCUAUGACAUCUGUUGCUUUGACAGCUUCGAGUACAUCAAAACCAUCCGCCAGCAGAUCCUGGAAACAAGGGUCAUCGGCACCUCGGAGACUCCCAUCAUCAUCGUGGGCAACAAGCGGGACCUGCAGCGGGGCCGGGUGAUCCCGCGCUGGAACGUCUCCAACCUGGUGAAGAAGACGUGGAAGUGCGGCUACAUCGAGUGCUCGGCCAAGUACAACUGGCACAUCCUGCUGCUCUUCAGUGAGCUCCUGAAGAGUGUGGGCUGCGCCCGCUGCAAGCACGUCCACACCACCAUUCGCUUCCAGGGGGCCCUGCGCAGGAACCGAUGCACCAUCAUGUGA